AAUGAUUUAUUUAUUUCCGAAAUAUUGAAAAAAGUUUUGGUUUAUUUUAAGGAUGGAAAAAACUACAAGAAGGAGGUGGACACAGGAGGAAUCUGAGGGUUUUUUGCGGUGCUACUUGGCUCGCAAAGCCGAAUUUGAGCACCCAAAGAAAAAGCGUCAGGCAUACGCUAAUACACUUGAGGAUAUGAUAUGCUUGGGUAUUACGGAUUCUGGGAGAACACCGCUGUGUUUGGAGGGGAGGAUGCGCACUUUGCUACAAGCCUAUAAGGCAGCACGCGACAACAAUAACCGCACAGGUUCUUCUCCGUGCUUCGACCCGUACAUGGAGCUAAUGGAGGAGAUAUUUGGGAGAGUAACGCCAAAUACUGUAACUACAUUAGGUACAGUAUUUACAAAUCUAGUUAUAUCCGGUUGUUUUAUCGCGCACACCCUGCAUAUUGUAAAUGAUGACUUCAAUAUACCAUCAGAUGAUAUUCUCGGCAAGGAGUUUUUAAAGCUAAACAAAUGUGUUAUAAAUUGUCAAACAAAUAUUUUCUCUUUAUGUGUAGGCGAUACAAAACUCAAGUCGCCAAUUUUGCAUGAAACUAGCCGCGAUACUUGCGUUUUUGGUGUUUUGUAG